AUGUUUGAUGAGAUGAUACGAGUUUUGGGGAACGUUAGAUAUGUCCCUAGACUAAAAAAGAACUUGAUUUCUUUGGGUACUUUAGAUGAGGCUGACUAUGGGUACGAGUCUAAAAAGGGAAGACUCAGGGUAGCCAAAGGAUCAUUGGUGGUAAUGCGGGGUAUAGAAGACAAGACUGAACUCUGGCAUCAUAGGCUCGGGCACAUAAGCCAGAAAGGGUUGCAAGAAUUACACAAGCAAAGCCUAUUGGAAGGCGUGUCAUCUUGCAAACUGGACUUUUGUGAAUAUUGUGUUCUUGGAAAGCAAAGGAAGGUAUCAUUCACGAGUAGCAAUGCAGAUAACCGAAGCAAGGAGCAACUCAGCUAUAUUCACUCAGAUGUUUGGGGCCCUGCACCAACCAAAUCAAAUGGUGGAGCCAGAAAGGUUUGGGUUUAUUUCAUGAAGCAGAAAUCCGAGGUUUUUGCAAAGUUCAAGGAAUGGAAAACAGAAACCGAGAAUCAAACUGGAAGAAAGAUCAAGUACCUGAGAAGUGAAAAUGGAGGUGAAUAUACAAGUAAUGAGUUUACCGAUUACUGCAAGCAAGAAGGCAUCACAAGGCACUUCACAGUAAAGAAGAAUCCCCAACAAAAUGGAGCUGCUAAGAGGAUGAACCGAACUCUCAUGGAGAGAGAGAGGAGCUUGCGAUUUCAUGCAGGAUUGCCUGAUAGUUUUUGGGCAGAGGCUGAUAUCAACAACAGGAAAAAGGUUGUCAGUCGAGAUGUUGUCUUUGAUGAGACAACCAUGCCUCUGAAUAAAGUCGAGAGCAGUAGGGAGAAGAAAGACGAUGUUGAAAUUGAAGCAAUAAAGAUUCCGUUAAUCAGUUCAGACGAAGAAGCAACUCAGGUGGAGCAAAUUGAGCAAGAUGCCGAAUCUGAUGGUUUUGAGGAAGAAGAAGAGCAUUAG